AUGUCUCGUGAAGAUUCCGUCUAUCUCGCCAAGCUCGCUGAGCAGGCUGAACGCUACGAAGAAAUGGUCGAGAACAUGAAGACCGUCGCGUCCUCGGACCAGGAACUUACCGUCGAAGAGCGCAAUCUCCUCUCGGUCGCCUACAAGAAUGUGAUUGGUGCCCGCCGUGCCAGCUGGCGCAUCGUCUCGUCCAUCGAGCAAAAAGAAGAGUCAAAGGGCAACGAAGCCCAGGUCACCAUGAUCAAAAAGUACCGCUCAAAGAUUGAGAACGAGCUCGCAAAGAUUUGCGAGGACAUUCUCGAAGUCUUGGAGAAGCACCUCAUCCCCUCUGCCGCCUCUGGCGAGUCAAAGGUCUUUUAUCACAAGAUGAUGGGCGACUACCACCGCUAUCUCGCCGAAUUCGCCACUGGCGACAAGCGCAAGGAGAGCGCAGACAAGUCGCUCGAGGCCUACAAGGCCGCUUCUGACGUCGCCGUUACCGAGCUCCCACCGACGCACCCCAUCCGACUCGGUCUCGCCCUCAACUUCUCCGUCUUCUACUACGAAAUCCUCAACUCGCCCGACCGUGCAUGCCACCUCGCCAAACAAGCGUUUGACGAUGCCAUUGCCGAGCUCGAUACACUCUCAGAGGAGAGCUACAAGGACUCGACCUUGAUCAUGCAGCUCCUCCGUGACAACCUGACUCUCUGGACGAGCGAUAUGCAAGAAGGUGACAAGGGAGAGGAGAAGGUCGAGUCGGGCGAGGCUGCCCAAGACGACUAG